AUGAGGGUCCCGCGGCCGGCAAGCGCGCGCCACGCCUGGAUCGCCGCCCCGCUCGCCCUGCUCUGCCUGGCGGCGCCGGCGUGGCUGGCGCGCUCGGCGGCGGCCGUGGCGGGGCCGCAGGGCUGCCCGGCCGCCUGCUCGUGCAGCAACCAGUCCAGCAAGGUGGUGUGCACGCGGCGCGGGCUGGCCGGGGUGCCGCCGGGCAUCCCCCCCAACACGCGCCACCUGAACCUGAUGGAGAACAACAUCCGGAUGGUGCAGGCGGACACCUUCCGCCACCUGCGCCACCUGGAGGUGCUGCAGCUGGGGCGCAACGCCAUCCGGCAGAUCGAGGUGGGCGCCUUCAACGGCCUGGCCAGCCUCAACACGCUGGAGCUGUUCGACAACUGGCUGACGGUGGUGCCCAGCGGGGCCUUCGAGUACCUCUCCAAGCUGCGGGAGCUCUGGCUGCGCAACAACCCCAUCGAGAGCAUCUCGUCCUACGCCUUCAACCGCGUCCCCUCCCUGCUCCGCCUGGACCUGGGCGAGCUCAAGAAGCUGAAGUACAUCUCCGAGGGGGCUUUCGAGGGCUUGUACAACCUCAAGUACCUUAACCUGGGCAUGUGCAACAUCCGGGACAUGCCCAACCUCACGCCCCUGGUGGGGCUGGAGGAGCUGGAGAUGUCCGGGAACAACUUCCCCGCCAUCAGGCCGGGCGCCUUCCACGGCCUGAAGUCGCUCAAGAAGCUGUGGAUCAUGAGCUCCCAGAUCAGCCUGAUCGAGCGCAACGCCUUCGACGACCUCGCCGCGCUGGUGGAGCUCAACCUGGCCCACAACAACCUCACCUCUCUGCCCCACGACCUCUUUGCCCCGCUGCGCUACCUGGUGGAGCUGCACCUGCACCACAACCCCUGGAACUGCGACUGCGACGUCCUGUGGCUCUCCUGGUGGCUGCGGGAGUACAUCCCCACCAACUCGACCUGCUGCGGGCGCUGCCACGCGCCCGCGCACAUGCGGGGCCGCUUCCUGGUGGAGGUGGACCAGGCGGCCUUCCAGUGCUCGGCGCCCUUCAUCAUGGACGCCCCCCGGGACCUGAACAUCUCGGAGGGGAGAGUCGCCGAGCUCAAGUGCCGGACGCCCUCCAUGUCCUCGGUGCGGUGGCUGCUGCCCAACGGGACGGUGCUGAGCCACGCGUCCAACCACCCGCGGAUCUCCGUCCUCAACGACGGCACCCUGAACUUCUCCCAAGUUUUCCUCACGGACACGGGGGUUUACACGUGCAUGGUCACUAACGUGGCAGGGAAUUCCAACGCCUCGGCCUACCUCAACGUGAGCACGGCCGAACUCAACACUUCCAAUUACAGCUUCUUCACCACGGUCACCGUGGAGACCACGGAGACGUCGCCCGAGAACGCCUUCCCCAAGUUCACCAAGCCGGUGCCGACGACGGCCACGGGGUACCAGCCGGCCUACACCACCACCACCACCGUGCUCAUCCAGACCACCAAGACGCCCAAGCAGGACCCCGCGGCGGACGACGGCAAGGCGCAGACCAGCCUGGACGAGGUGAUGCGCACCACCAAGAUCAUCAUCGGCUGCUUCGUGGCGGUGACGCUGCUGGCGGCGGCCAUGCUGAUCGUCUUCUACAAACUUCGUAAAAGGCACCAGCAGCGGAGCACCGUGGCGGCCGCCAGGACCGUGGAGAUAAUCCAGGUGGACGAGGACCUCCCGGCCUCGGCAGCAGCGGCCUCCGCCGCCUCUCCGGCCACGGCGGCUGCAGCAGGUGAGGGGGCAGUCGUACUGCCGGCUAUUCCUGACCACAUUAACUAUAACACGUACAAACCGUCCCAUGGGGCCCACUGGACAGAAAACUGUUUGGGGAACUCGCUGCACCCCACAGUUACGACUAUUGCGGAACCCUAUAUAAUUCAGACCCACCCCAAGGAGAAAGUGCAGGAAACUCAAAUCUGACUCCUCCCUCGAGAAAUUAUUGAAAAAAUUGCAAUACACAGAACAGAAG